AUGGCGAAAACCGACGAUGCUAGAGAUGAAAUUCGGUCCUUUCGCCAACUAUCGAGUGAACCAUUACACGAAGCAGUUACUCGAUACAAGGAAUUGAUUCGGAAAUGCCCUCAUCAUCAAAUUGAAAAAUGGGAGUUGGUCAAAUGCUUCGUGAGGGGUUUGGAUGAUGAGACAUGGAACCACCUUAAGUCGACUAGUAAUGGAACGUUGUUGAGUAAUCAUGAGGACGACGAUUGGGAAUUCCUCGAGAGGGCGAGCAAGAGGUCAAAAGCGAAAGAGUCGGCCGAUCGAGCCAAAAAGCACCCCACCUCAAGGUCUUGGCCCGACCGUGAUGCGAGUUCUAAGGAUCGGAUUGAAACGUUGGAGCAGGAGUUGGCCCGCAUGAAGAAAAAAGAAGUGGGUGCGGUGCAAUACACCAUAUGUGAAGAAUGCGGCGACAUCGGUCACCGGAACGAGAAUUCUCAAGCCACCGUGGAUGCGAAUCAAGUGUAUGGAGGCCGGAGGCAAUACGAUAUGAACUCCAACACUUACCACCCCGGAUUGAGGAACCAUCCUAACUUUAGGUAUGCUAAUGCCUCCAACCGAAUGAACCCGAAUUUCCAAUUGGGAAAUCAAGGUGGGUAUUCGCACCAAACUCGCCAAGUAGGUAACCAAGGGGGUUACCAAAGGAACAACAAUCAAGGCGGUGGUGAUGAUUUGAGUGCCAAGAUAGAUGCACUAUUGAAUUUGGUGAAGGAGUCCAAUAGUGAAAUCAAGGAGAUGAAAAAGGCAAAUGAGAUGAAAAAGGCAAAUGAGAUGAGGGAUAAAUCUCAUGAGGUAUUGGCGAAGCAAGUUGGGCAACUUGCUGAAGAGGUUCCGGCUCAUGUGGAAUGCUUAAAGGAGUUAAGCAUCGAAAAACGGCACAACAAAUUACCCAAACCGGUUGAUUUGAUAUCUCAUGUUAGUGUCGUUUUAUCGAGUGCCCUUCCUCAAAAAGCUCAAGAUCCGGGAGAUCCUCUUAUUCCAAUUCAAAUUGGAACAUUCAAAAUUAAGAGAGCGCUCCUAGAUCUUGGAGCUUGUGUGAGCAUCUUGCCCGGGAGUUUGUUUAGAGAAACAAAGAAGAAGACGGUCAAGAAGAAGAAGGCAAAAAAGUCACCUCAAGAAAAGAAGAAGGAAGAGGAGGUGAGAAAGUUUGGACCGUUAGGCAACAAAUGGUAUGAAUCACCGAUGGGUGAUUUUAAGGAGUUCGUGGGCGCCAAGCACGUCAUUCGACCACCAUGA